AUGUUUGUGUUAAAUAAUGAAUAUUUAGAAGAAUUACACGGACAACUACCUCUUACAUCUAUGAGCGAGCUCAGAGGUGAUAUUUCACGGAACAAUUUUUCAUCAUGUUCUUAUGAUCUUGGUCGAUACAAGAAGAAAACAAAAUUGAACGACUGUUCACGAGCUUUAUUAUGCAAAUGGAACACCAUUGAUAACGAAAAUACAACAUCAGAAGAGUCCAAUAUGAUUUUUCAUCACCACAACGAAUGCUCAUAUCCUACAGAAUUGGUCACUUCAGUAUCAACGAAAGAAAUUGCAGAUGUGUGCCAAUCCGGUGAGCUCGACUAUAUAAUCGAUCAUGUUCAAUCGUUAACUGAUGUUAAUCAGAGAAAUUUACUUUCAUCAAACGAUGAUAUCAACAAACAUAUAUGUGAUUCCGACACAUCAAUUACACAGAGAACUUUGGGAACAUCAUGUCCAUCAAAUGACAAUGAAUUACAUUUCACUGAAAAUAUGAACAUUGUAACACAAGCCACUGUUCAAGACAUGGUAGACAUUGUUGUAAAUGAAUCUGUAAGUGUCAACGCAAUCCCAGUAAUAACACCAUGUACAAGUACUUGUAAAAACAAUUCUGAUGAUCUUAUCACAAAUGUUCAUUGUCAAACUGCACAAGCAACAGUGCCAAUGAAAUUAUCAACUUCAUUACAAUUUGCACAUGAUGUUCAUCCUUAUCAAAAAACACAACACGAUAAAGAUGCCUUUGAUAAGUUGAUAGAUAAAAGUUUGUUGUCGUAUAUCAUGCGAAUUCAAGGAAUCAAGACAGAAGCAGAUAAAAGAAAAUGUGUUUUACCUCGGCUAAAAAUUCCAAAGUCUUACAUUUUUAUGUAUCAAAAAUUGUUGGAACCCAUUGAUUUAAUGGUUGCUGUUGUACGAGAAGAAAAAGUCAAUAACAAACGAAACUGGUAUCUAUGUAGAGAUAUACAGUUUUUGCCUGCUGACAAAAACAAAAAUACGGAAGCUGUAAAUCCAAUUCAAUUAAAUCUAGAUUCAUUAUCCAUAGAAUCUGAUGGAACUUUUCAAUUGUUGUUACGAUUAAUAAAUAUAUCAUCGUCAUCGACGACAAAUAAAUCAGAUAAUGAGAUAUUCCAUCAACUCGAUGAAGACAUAGUGGAAAAUUUACAUCCUGCUCCAUAUGAUGCCAAUUUCAUUCGACUUAUGUGUAUACUUGUGUUAAAUCAUAAAAUUGAAUGGGAUACGUUAUGUCUCUCUGAUUAUAUUCGUCCAAUACAAGAAUUACAAAUAUGA